AUGGCAAUCCGAGUGCCGACCAUCACACCUGACGACUUGCUAGAGUUCCACCGGCGGCAUUUCCAUGGAGAUCCACUGGGACAUGUUAAAGAGGUUAUUCCUAAAAGUGAUGUAGAAAAAGAUAAAAUAGAGGUUUCUACUGUGGGGACUCUUGUUACCAGCGGUAUAUGCGAAUCUGAAGAUGAGGAUGAUUUAGCAGUAGAAGCAGCAACAGCAGCAACAGCAGCAGCAACAGCAGCAGCAAUACCAAUUCAUCAAACUGAAGAUGCUGGCUGCAGUAACAAAACAAUUGUGGAAUCUACUGAGUCUACUGCAAAGAAGAACAAAAGGACUAAGAACAAGAAUAAUAAGAAUAAUAAGAAAAAACGAAGAAAGCCUAAUAAAAGACUUGACACAGUUGUGGGACCAUCUUCGAGUGGUGGUAUUACCAAAGACGUUAUUAUUUUGGGUGCUGGACCUGCUGAGUUCUCCGCUGCAACAACCUCAGCAUGGUCUGGUAGUGGUGGUGAUGGUGCUUCUUCUUCUUCUGGUGGUAGUGGUAGUGGCAAUGCAACAGUUGUAGGAGCACCAUCGCUCCGCUACAAACGGCCAUAUGGAGCCGUGCAAGCUCGCAACGAGCGCCUGGCGCGCUACAUUCGCAGCUCUGCGCCCGACGGCCCAUUACAGUACUAA